AUGGAAAACGAAAAUACGAACGCCAACGCAAACAAUUCGUCAAACUCGAACAACUAUCCAGCCUUUGCGACCGUUAAUCGUGUUACUGUCAAAGUGCCGCCAUUUUGGAAGAGCGAUCCGGCAAUAUGGUUUGCACAGGUAGAGGCACAAUUCCAUUUAGGUGGAAUUACGAACGAUUUGACAAAAUAUAACCAUAUAGUAGGUGCAGUUGACACUGAAAUAUUAUCACAGGUGUCUGACAUCAUUCAAAAACCCCCGGAUACCGACAGAUAUAAUACUUUGAAAAAUCGACUCAUCGAAUUAUUUACCGAUAGUCAAGAAUCAAAAUUACGCAGACUUCUAGGAGACAUGCGUUUAGGCGAUAAGAGACCGUCAAUGCUGCUAAACGAAAUGCAAAGACUGGGAGGAAUGGCAUGUAGCACGCAACUACUUAAAACGUUAUGGUUACAACAACUACCGGUAACUACACAAUCUUGUCUAACAAUGAGUACUGGGACAAUUGAAGAGCUUGCCAGACUCGCCGACAAGAUUUCUGAGAUCGACCAACAACGGAUGAUUGUUAAUACAGUUUCCGAAUCAACAACAGAGAUAUUAAAAACAUUAGUAAAAGAAGUGAACGAAUUAAAAGUCGCCGCCAACCGAAACGACAACCGAUCCCGUUCAUUAAGCACAAGUAAAACAUCGCGAUCACGUUCAGUUUCACGCGCAAGAUAUGGAAAAUGGAGGAUGGGCGAAAACGGUUAUUGUUUUUACCAUGAUAAUUUUGGUAAAAAAGCCAGGAAGUGUGUAGAUCCUUGUGAGUAUACUAUCUCUAAAGGUAAUCAACACGAGGGAAACUAA